AUGAGGCCUAGGACCUCCAGACACCAUUUGUAUAAUGGAUAUAGGUUGGCAUACCUCAUUCUGCUGAGCUAUUCAUGCAAGGUCACGCUUGCCAGUCCUGUAUCAGGCAGACCACGCUGUGUGUCGCCCACCGUCAGUCAACCCACACCUAUAGCCUCGGGACUUGUGAUCCUAGGCUAUCACGAUGGUGAUAUUGGCAGGCCGCUACAGGUUCCAUACGGCAAGGUGGUGGUGACCGAUAGCGACAGGAUGAUGUGGGGGUAUUGCGGGGAGGUGUCUGUCGGUGACGAGACCUGCAGACUUGCCGGCGCCAGUUCGGAAUCGCACUCGAGCAUUUGCACGACGGCGACAUGGACACGCCGUGAUGGGGCUGCUUUCGCAAGUCUAGGCUGUGGGCCAACCGCCACCACCGCUCAUAUCUUGGAGGAGCCGCUUUACAGAGUCUUUAUAGGUCAAGAGACACUGUUUCCCUCUGGAGAGACUGCUCGUGCUGGGCGCAGCGAGAGUGGCCUUGAUGCCGUAACGGUGGCUGUCCCAGUUGAGAUAGGUUAUGAGGCUGCUCAAGCUACGGAGACGGGUACCCCUGAAAGUGGUGUUGGAAGUCACGAUUCCGUUGAAGUACCUGCUACAGCUACCACUUCAGCUGCAGCCGAAAGCCCCCAGGUCGGCGGCCUGGCUCCUGGCCAGGUCGGCGGCAUCGUCGUUGGUAGUAUAGCCGGUGCUGCCCUACUAGCGUUUGGCACCCUUUACAUCGCCUGGCGUCAUCUGCUAUCUCGCUUCAGCAUGGCAAUGGGCUCCAUCUACAUGACACUCUAUCACCCUCGUCCUGCCCCAGCUUCUACUUCCCAGGCGCAUGCUGCGGGACCGUGA